AUGACUACCCCGACGAGCCAUCCGGAUUGCCAGCGCCCGACGGUCGCCAUCGACGGGCCGGUGGCGUCGGGCAAAAGUUCCGUGGGUCGGGCGGCUGCCAAGGCAUUGCGCCUGCGCUUUCUCGAUACCGGCAUUAUGUACCGCGCCGUAACCUGGCUGGCCCUGCACCGGGGCAUCGCAGCCGCAGAUACCGCCGCCGUCGCUGAGCUCGCCGAUAAAUACCGCAUGUCGCUGGACGACACUGCGGAUCAAUCGCCCGACCACGGGGUGAUCGCGCCCAGUUCGCCAACCACCAAUGCGGCCAUUUCGAUAGAUGGCCACCGCCUCCGGGAUGAACUGGUUUCCGACGACGUCGACCGUCACGUGGCGGCGGUUGCAGCCAUAACCGGAGUGCGUACCUCCCUGGUAAAACAGCAGCGCGCCAUCGGCAACGGUGGAGGGAUCAUCAUGGCCGGUCGCGACAUCGGCUCGGUGGUCCUGCCUCAGGCCGACGUAAAGCUCUAUAUUGACGCCUCCGUCGAAGAGCGGGCCCGCCGCCGUUUCGCCCAGUUGCAGGAGGCCGACCCGUCGGUGGACUUUCAGCAGGUGCUGGCCGACACCCGCCGCCGCGACUUUCUGGAUAGCCAGCGUGCCGACUCUCCCCUGGUCGUUCCCAGUGGCGCAAUCGUAAUCGACACCGAUAGCAUCGAUUUUGACCGAUCCGUUGCCGCGGUAAUCCACGCAAUCCGCAGCGCGGUUACUAACCAUAAGCAGACGGGAUAA